CUGAGAUACUGGUGUGAGGAAGAGAGAGAGAGAGAGAGAGAGAGAGAGAGAGAGAGAGAGAGAGCGCGAUAGCGAGAGCGAGCGAGAGAAAUAAGGGGGACGACGGUGGGAACGACGAGGAGGAUUUUAAGAUCGGAAAGAAGUCGUCCGCAGUUGGAAGAACGCCGCACGGGUUCCGAUACGGGCUACAUUCUCUCCCCCUCCCCUCGAAGAGAAAAAAAAACUAAAAACUUAUCAUCGCCAUAGAAAAGCCCUCUAGCGCGGCGAACGCAGCCCUCCUUCCUCUGCGCCUCUGUGCCGGUGUGUCCCCCCCCCCCUCGGCUGAUCGGAAAAACUGGGUUUCGGGGAGUGCCGCUCCUCGGUAGCUUUUGCUAGCUCAAAUCUGCGCUCCGGUGGGAAGGAGGAGAGUCGAUCCGUGCCCGUUUCCAGUCAAUGUGAUAGAAACAGCGGAUACUCGCCACUGAAAAGCGGAUCAGUAAGAGUCUAGGCGGCGGAGUGAAGCACACCAUUAGCAGAGGAAAAUGAGUGAACUGGACCAGCUACGCCAGGAGGCUGAGCAGCUCAAGAACCAGAUCAGAGAUGCCAGGAAAGCGUGUGCGGAUGCUACUCUGUCUCAGAUCACAGCUAAUAUCGACCCUGUUGGCCGAAUUCAGAUGCGCACUAGACGGACACUGAGGGGGCAUCUGGCUAAAAUAUAUGCCAUGCACUGGGGCACUGACUCAAGGCUCUUGGUCAGUGCCUCCCAGGAUGGUAAACUCAUCAUUUGGGACAGCUACACCACAAACAAGGUCCAUGCCAUCCCGCUGCGCUCCUCCUGGGUGAUGACAUGCGCCUAUGCCCCCUCUGGGAACUAUGUAGCCUGUGGAGGCCUGGACAAUAUCUGCUCCAUUUACAACCUAAAGACCCGUGAGGGUAACGUGCGUGUCAGCCGUGAGCUGGCCGGACAUACAGGCUACUUGUCCUGCUGUCGCUUCCUGGAUGACAACCAGAUCGUCACCAGCUCUGGAGACACCACCUGUGCUCUGUGGGACAUCGAGACUGGUCAGCAAACAACCACAUUCGCUGGCCACACUGGCGACGUCAUGAGCCUGUCACUGGCACCCGACACUAGGCUGUUUGUGUCUGGGGCCUGUGAUGCCUCUGCCAAGCUUUGGGACGUUAGAGAAGGAAUGUGUCGACAGACCUUCACUGGCCAUGAGUCUGACAUCAACGCCAUCUGUUUCUUCCCCAAUGGCAACGCCUUCGCCACAGGCUCAGACGACGCCACAUGCCGGCUGUUUGACCUGCGUGCUGACCAGGAGUUGAUGGUCUAUUCACAUGACAACAUCAUCUGUGGCAUCACCUCAGUGGCGUUCUCCAAGAGUGGCCGCCUGCUGCUGGCAGGCUACGACGACUUCAACUGUAAUGUCUGGGACACCCUCAAGGCUGACCGUGCAGGUGUGUUGGCUGGACAUGAUAACCGUGUGAGCUGUUUGGGUGUGACCGAUGAUGGCAUGGCUGUGGCAACAGGGUCCUGGGACAGCUUCCUCAAGAUCUGGAACUGAAGGAGUCUAAAGAUGGCGUCCGGGCUCAAAAGUUGAGUGGAAGACCAUUCCAACAUCACAAUGUUCAAUUUUAUUGCAUAUCCAAUCUUCUCAAAACACCAUAACACUGACUCCAAACACCCCUUAAAAAAAAAACUACCAAGGGCAAAAAUUAUUUUUCUUUCCCUCAUUUAAAAGAGCACAAAUGUCGAUAUCACUCACACAGCUUAAAAUAAUAAUAAGAAGAAGAAGAAGAAAAAAAAAUAAAAAAAAUAAAACAAGAAAAGAAAAAAAAAAGGUUGAGGAAUUCAAUGGUUUGAAAAUGGAAUGGAGGGGAAAUAGUGCGUUCCUCUUGGGACCAUUGUCUGGUAUUGUAGUUAUGAUAAUAUGAACACUCACCCCCCCCCCCCCUGCACCCUGCCAUGCAAAUGUGUCAUACGUCCUCAGUACACAGAUAUGAGUGAAGGUUAUUACACGUCAGUGAUCCCUUAAUAGCUUUUUGGCCAUGUUUGUUUUUUGUUCAUGUCAUUUUCUCUUUUUUGUCAUUUUUUUUUCUUUUCCCCCCCAGGGAAAUUGGUCGGUUAACUCUUACAGUUAAUGUUUAAAAAAAAAUGAGGAUCAAAAGCUUUGUUUUAUCUUUUAGUCACAUAUUCAAGAGAACGAUGUUUGCAGUUUGACAAAUACAAAUUUACAAAUGAUGGUGUCAUUUUUAAUCCAGCUGUAUUCCCACUGGAGAACAAAACAAGAGACAAUUGAGCUUCAACAGGGAGUCCUCAAGCCACCUUUGGUCUGGCCAUUCUGUAUAUUUAGUCCCAUGUUACUUUACUGUUUCUUUUUAUUUUCCUUUUUUUUCCCGUCGAGUCCACAAAUCUUUGUUUGCACAAAAAGUAAACUUUGCAUAUAUAGAAUAAUGUUUAAAGAAAAAAGUUAACUAACCAAGCACAUGCCGUUUAUGAUAAUGAAUGCUCGUUUUUAAAACAAAAAACAAGACAUUUUAACCGUUCUUUCACUUUUUUUUCCUGGCGACAAUGUAGAAUAAUUAAAUGAAGAUUAACCCAUCGAUUCAAUUUUUUCCAACUUUUUUGUUUUGUUUUUUGUUUUUGUUUUUUGAUUGUUUUUGUUUCCCUGUUCCUGUUGACUGUGGUUGGGACCGGUGAGGUGAUAGGUCGGGUGGGGAGUACCUCCACUGUACCCCGGUUUCACUCCGGAGUGUUCUGUUUUUAACAGAGGUGCCCAUUCCGUGCUUGGAAAUGCAGUUACUACUCUGUGAAUGACAUGCUGUAUAAAUCAAUGUUUGAAAAUAAUGAUAUUGAAACUUUUUAAGUUAAAAAUGGAAAAAAAAAAGAUUUUGGUUGUCUGCCAUGGGUGGGUUAACUCUUAGAAUCGCAUGCUGUAGAAUUGCUUAAAAAGGUGCAUAUGGAAUUAAGUCCUUUGAUGUUUUUCUUUAAGAAAAUAACCUGUUGAAUAUAUCAUCAUUACAAUGGUAUUUAUAUCGGGGAUUUUUUUCUUUCUUCUUUUUUUUUUAAUUUGUUUUGAUUUUUGCUACUCUGUGCAUACAAGAUUCAAUGAAAAUGUCAAACCUAUGCACUUGAGAGGCAGACACCCACAUACACGGUUACUUGGUCCAUACUUGGGAGGGAUUCCACAAAUUGAGGUAAUGUAAACACAUGCAUACAUACAUACAUUCAUUUACAUAAGCAUACACAAACUCAAAUGGAACAAAUACAUUUUCAUUCCUUCUGUAGCAAGCAAAAUUCCACUUACACAGGAAAAAAAAAGCAUUUUAUAACAAAGUUUUUUUUUCUGUCCUUUAAUAAAAAAGAAAAAAAAUUGCAGCAUCUGAAUGGCAGAAUUUUCUGUUCCCUUCUCCUUGUAAACAGACGCUCUUUCUUUAGCAGUAGUGGCAUUUUUUUUUCCAUUUUGUUUUUUCUCUGCGACAUUCUGUACAAAAAUGUGCUGUAAUUGUGCGUUAGGCCUGGAGUUGGCAAAAAAAUAAAAUAAAAAAUAUUAAAAAUUAAUUAAAUUCCCUUUCCUUUUCUCUUUUCCAUGAAAUAACUGUAGAGCUCUGCACCCCACUGUUCCCCUUUUCACCUUUUGUAUUUAAUUUUAAAGUCAGUCAGUGUACAACCGAAAGCUGGAUGCAAGAUAGAAACUAUAUUAAAAUGUACUGUUAUUUAAGAUGUAAUAAAAAGCAGUUUGAGAUGACCUGCUGUGUUGAGUGUCAUUCGCUUAGAAAAUAACAUUUAAGGUAGAAUGUUGCAGAGUGUUUGGUUUUGUAAUUACAUUUAAGUCAAAUAAACAAUUUCUUAUUCACU